CGAUGGCCGACGAGGAAAGAAGCGUCGUUUCUUGCGCUUGCGUUUGUAAGCGGGGAAGGAUGGAGAUUGUUUUAGGGAUUGUGAGGCCUCCGGUUGAGACUGGAAGGAUUACCUUUCCUUUUUCUCUCAAGCAGGCGGGGCCGAGGGAGACGCCGAUGCAGUGCUUUAUUAAGAGGAACAAGAAGAAUUCCACGUUUUAUUUGUAUCUUUGUUUGACCCCGACAUUUACGGAUAAAGGGAAAUUUCUGCUGGCAGCUAGAAGGGUAAGACACGGUGGACGUGUCGAUUUUAUCAUCUCUUUGGAUGCCGAUGAUAUCUCCCAAAAAAGUAAUGCUUAUGUGGGCAAGUUAAGAGCUGAUUUCUUAGGUACAAAGUUUACAAUCUUUGACAGCCAGCCACCAUGCCGAGGUGCAAAGGCACCAAACUGCAAAGCAGGCCGGCGAUUUUCCUGCAACCAGAUAAGCCCUCAGGUUCCAUCUUGUACUUUUGAAAUUGGUCAAGUCUCUUACAAAUUCAACCUUCUAAAAACAAGAGGACCUAGAAGAAUGAGCUGUUCUGUUGAAUGCCCACCAGAACAAGAAAACACCAUGGAAAACUUGAAAACAAAAUCUACGUGUGAUACUGUGGUAUCAUCAUCUAUGGUGCUUAAGAACAAAGCUCCCAGAUGGCACGAGCAUCUUCAGUGCUGGUGCUUAAAUUUCCAUGGGAGAGUAACAGUGGCCUCUGUUAAGAAUUUCCAACUGGCAGCGACUAUAGAUCCUAGCCAAGAAGGGGGUGUUGGGGAUGAGGAGACGGUGUUGCUCCAAUUUGGGAAAGUUGGCGAUGAUACAUUCACCAUGGACUAUCGGCAGCCCCUCUCGGCUUUCCAGGCAUUUGCCAUUUGCUUAACUAGCUUCGGUACUAAGUUUGCCUGUGAAUAAGGGAAUGCCUACCUUAUUUAUUGUAACUGGUAUCAUGUGUUGUAUUUGUUUAUGUAGAGGGGGGAAGGGAAACUGUAUGUUUCGGACUAGUUUCUCUCCUUUAUUUUAUGACAUUUUUAAUAUAUAUAUUUUUUUGUAGUAAUGAAA